UAUGAGUAAUUUAUUGAGUGAAAUGAUAAAUUGCAUUGAAGCUAGUAAUGAUGAUGAAGUAAUUCCAUGUGAUAACAUAAAUACACCUAUUUUGAAAAUGGUUAUAGACUACUGUAAAUAUUAUACAGAAAAUCCACCAUCUAUUCUUCCUUUAGAUUAUGACAAUGCUACUUCACUUAAUGACAUUUCUUCUUGGGAUUACAAUUUUUUACAAACUGAAGAUAAAACUAUGUUAUUCGAUUUAGUGAAUGCUGCUCAUUUUUUAGAUAUUAAAAGUUUAGAACAAGUGACAUGUAAGAUGAUUGCUAACGAAAUUAAGGGAAAAACUACAGAACAAAUUCGUCAGAUGUUUAAAAUUGAAAAUGAUUUUACUCCAGCUGAAGAAGAAGAACUUAAACGUAAUACUGAAUGGGUUAAAGAAAAACCAUUUACAUGUCCUGAUCAUCCCAUUUAAUCAUCAUAAGAUGAAAAAAUCAACUACAAUU